UUCCAACUACCGGAGAGCAGCCUUGCUUGCUAACAAUCACUGAAUCCAGGGCAUCCAGUGUAACAGGCAAUUGGGGAGGGUUAGAGUAUCUGAGGGACCAGCCUUCCAGUGUCUGUGAAAGAAGAACCAGCAACCUUUAAUGAGAAGAUGAUGGCAUGUACAGAGAUGCUGACAAUGUGCUUGCUCUCUGCCAAGCAUGCUUACAGCCCCAAAUCCACAGAAAGCCUGCAGCACUAUGACAAGGGACUAGCAAUCUUCCACGAUAUUUUUCGGCGAGCUGACAAGAAUGAUGAUGGGAAGUUGUCAUUUGAAGAAUUUAAGAACUGUUGUGCUGAUGGCAUCCUCAGCUCUGAAGAACUGCGGGAGUUGUUCAGUGGCAUUGACAGGUGUCACUCAGGCAAUUUAGAGACGGAGAAGUUAUGCGAUUAUUUCUCAGAACAUCUUGGAGAAUACAGACAUGUCCUGUCUGCUCUGGAGCAACUCAACACUGCUGUCCUGUCAGCCAUGGAUAAAACCAAACUGGUAUAUGAGAGCUCCUCCAAGCUGGAACAGUUUGUGACCCGCUUCCUACUGAGGGAGACAAUGAACCAGCUACAGUCCUUGCAGGUCUCACUGGAGUGUGCUGCAGACACCAUUGAAGAACAGGGUGGCCGAGAAAGGAAUGAUGUUACCAAAUCAGAAGCUUUUGUUGGCCCACGCACUCUCAAAAGAUGUGGUCGUAGAGCUCAGAAGAACAUCUGCCUGUCUCCUACUGAUCCUUAUUCAGGGAUGUUGACCACAGGUGUUUGUGUGGAAACUGACAGCCAGUGGACAACCGAGAUCGACCAACUACAGCAGCUCAUUGACAAACUGGAAUGUAAGAGUCCAAGGCUGGAACCUCUGAAAGAUGACAUGGUCUGCAAAGGAAGUGAUUCUCACAUCCUUGUGGCACAGACACAGAUCUCAGUGGCAGAAAGUGGAUUAGAGGCAUUCUGCCAAGCUCUCCAAUCCUACACAGAAAUCACAGCUGAACAAAGCAGCUGCCUACAUGUGUCUGCCCACAAAAUGACAAAUGAAGACUGCUUCAUCCUGUACGAAUUUUGGCAAGAUGUGGCUUCAUGGAGAAGCCACCUGCAAUCAAACUACAGUAAGAAGUUUCAACGUGCUAUCAAUGACUUACUGGUCUCUCCAGAACUUUUGACCACCAUGCUGUUUCCAGCUUCCUGGUGGAUCAUGAACAACAACUGAUCUCCCCAUGGUGUCCCCUCAAGGCAACCAGCAUGUGGAUGGAUCAAGCACUCUCUUUCAAAGAUAGCCUUUCUCCCAGGGUUGUCCUUCCUCAUCUCACCCCCUUCAGUGUUGCUUUUCUCAUCUCUAUUCAUGCGGAAUGCUUUUAUCUUACUUUCUUCUGCAGCUUUGGAAAUGGGGCAGCACUUUUGAAUGCACCUUGCAAUCCUUCCUGAACAUUUCCUUCCUGCAACCGCCUAUCAUUUUGACACAGAACAUCCAUUCAGAACAAUGCCAUAGCCUUGCCAGACUUUACGAUAAGAACAGACUUUCAUUGUGGACUGUUGGCAAUACAACAGUCAGUUUGGCCAUCCAGCAUAAUGUGAUAUACCUCCACGGUUGGAGGCAGUAAGCUUAUGAAUACCAGUUGCUGGGAAAUACA